GUUGAUGAUGAUGAUGUAGCCCCGCCCCUCCCACCGGGCGGGGCCGAUACUGCAGCCCAGCAUCCGCCACAGCUCCGCGCAGCACCGGACCGCCAGCAUCCAGAGCCGCAUCCUCAGACCCCAGGACCGACCACCCGCUUCUCACGAGCCCAUUGGACGGAGAUCAGGAUGUUUGGAGGCGUGUCCGGCCGGAUCCACAAGGACAGGCAGAAAGCUGGAGGUCUGGGAUCAGUCCAGCAGGCCGUGCGCUACCAGAGCCAAGACUUCCAGGCCCUGAAGGAGGACUGUCUGCAGAAUGGAUCCCUGUUCCAGGACCCAAUGUUCCCCGCGGAACCAGCCUCCCUGGGCUUCAAGGAACUCGGACCGUUCACUGCCAAAACCAGAGGGGUGGAGUGGAAGAGACCAACUGAGCUGACAGAGAACCCUCAGUUCAUCGUGGGCGGAGCCACCAGGACGGACAUCUGCCAGGGAGCGCUGGGAGACUGCUGGCUGCUCGCGGCUAUCGGCUCUCUCACUCUGAACGAACGGCUGCUGCAUCGCGUGGUUCCUCACGGUCAGAGCUUCAACCACGAAUACGCCGGCAUCUUUCACUUCCAGUUCUGGCAGUUCGGGGAGUGGGUGGACGUGGUGAUCGACGACCGUCUGCCGGUUAAAGACGGAGAGCUGCUGUUCGUCCACUCGGCUGAGGGCAGCGAGUUCUGGAGCGCCCUGCUGGAGAAGGCCUACGCCAAGUUAUGCGGCUCGUACGAGGCGUUGUCCGGCGGCAGCACCACUGAAGGUUUUGAGGACUUUACGGGCGGCGUGGCGGAGAUGUACGAGCUGAAGAAAGCUCCCAGAGAUCUUCAUCGUAUCAUCAGUAAAGCUCUGGAGAGAGGAUCGCUGCUGGGCUGCUCCAUAGACAUCACCAGCGCCUUCGACAUGGAGGCGGUGACCUUCAAGAAACUGGUUAAAGGCCACGCCUACUCUGUCACCGGACUCUCACAGGUGGAGUACCGCGGUCGGCAGGAGCGUCUAAUCCGGAUCAGAAACCCCUGGGGUCAGGUGGAGUGGACCGGAGCCUGGAGCGACAACUCCUCAGAGUGGAGCGCCAUCGACUCUGCAGAGAAAGACGAGAUGCUCUGCAAGAUGGAGGACGGAGAGUUCUGGAUGUCUUUCCGGGAGUUUCUGCGUCAGUUCUCCCGGCUGGAGAUCUGUAAUCUGACCCCGGACGCUCUCAGUCAGGACUCCACCCGUUUUUGGAGCACCGUGAUGUUCGAGGGCGGCUGGAGGAGAGGAAGCACCGCCGGAGGCUGCAGGAACCAUCCCAACACGUUCUGGAUCAACCCUCAGUAUAAGAUCUCCCUGCUGGAGGAGGACGACGACCCCGAGGACGACGAGGCGGCCUGCAGCUUCCUGGUGGCUCUGAUGCAGAAAGACCGCCGCCGCUACCGCCGCCACGGACAGGACGUGCACACCAUCGGCUUCGCCAUCUACGAGAUUCCUGAGGAGUACCGAGGCUGUCCCAGCGUCCACAUGAAGAAGGAUUUCUUCCUGCGUCACUCCUCCUGCGCUCGCUCAGAGACCUUCAUCAACCUGCGAGAGGUGAGCGCCAGGCUCCGCCUCCCGCCGGGCGAGUACCUGAUCGUCCCGUCGACCUUUGAACCCUCGCAGGAGGCCGACUUCGUCCUGAGGGUGUUCACCGAGAAGCAGUCCGAGACCGAGGAGAUGGACGACGAGGUGGGGGCAAACUUUGAUGAAGAGGAGGAAGUCUCAGAGGGCGACGUCGAUGAUUCCUUCAGGUCCAUGUUCGCUCAGCUGUCUGGAGACGACAUGGAGAUCUCGGUGCGAGAGCUCCGGACCAUCCUCAACCGGGUCGUGUCCAAACACAGAGACCUGCAGACUGAUGGUUUCAGUAUGGAGUCCUGCAGAGCCAUGGUCAGCCUCAUGGACAAAGACGGCAGCGCUCGGCUCGGUCUGCUGGAGUUUCAGAUUCUCUGGAACAAGAUCAAGAAGUGGCUGGGAAUCUUCAGAGAGUUCGAUCUGGAUAAAUCAGGAUGUAUGAGCUCCUACGAGAUGCGUCUGGCGCUGGAAAAUGGCGGAUUCAAACUGAACAACAAGUUGCACCAGAUGCUGGUGGCUCGAUACGCCGACAACGAGCUCAUCGACUUCGACAACUUCACCUGCUGUCUGGUCAAACUGGAGUCCAUGUUCAAGACCUUCCAGCAGCUGGACCGAGACGCGACAGGAAGCGUGGAGAUGAACAUCAUCGAGUGGCUGUAUGUGACCAUGUGUGGCUGAAGAAGAAGAAGAAGAAGAAUCUGAACUUCAGUCAAAGUGCCUCCAACAGGAAGAACAACGGGAAACCAGACUGUUCCACUGCAGCUG